AUGAAGAAGUAUUGCAGAUUGCAACAUUCUGUAGCUAGGAAAUGGUUAUCUGGCCAGUCUCAUAAUUGGAAAAGGAUGCUGGUCUUACCAAGUGUAACGUGUGUUGGGGCCUAUGGAAAAGGAGAUGCAUCUGCAGAUCAGGUGGAGACGCUGAAGCAAAUCAUUGAAGUCAAGGUUAUCAAAUGGGUCAAACCAGUGGUACCAGCAUGGAAACCUAAUGUGGAUGGGUGUACAAAAGGAAAUCCAGGAAGUUCAAGUGGGGGAGGAGUUCUUAGGGAUCAUAGAGGAGAUAUGAAGAUGGCUUUUGCUGUAGUCUUCGGGGUAACCACAAGCAAUAUUUCUAAAGCUAAGGCACUAUUGUUUGGAGUUAAAUGGUGUUUUGAUAAUGGUAUCAACUAG